UUGCUGAGUCUACACUUAACACCUCCCGUUAUUGCAACAAAUUGCAACACUCCGCACACGACCUGAAACUGUCAAUCCCCAUAUCCACACACCACUCACUACAUGCGACAAGUCUAUCCCGGGGUAUUGUUUCCAGUCGCGCGAUAGUGGUCGUCAACAACACAUGCGGAGCAUCCUCUCCCAGCUGCUGGCCAUCGGCCCGGAGCUCGCAGCUUUCAUCCUCACAUCCCCCAUCCUGCACAUCCGCACCGCACACGCCGUCACCCAAUCGUCAAUCCCGUCACCGAACCUCGACCUCACCUCCCUCGGCCGCGUGGCGAUCGCCGGCGACUUCGACAGCAUCUCCCUCUACACCUUCGCCGGUCAGAACGAGAACAUCUUCAACACCAAUGGCAGUCAGUCGCUGCUCACCCGCUACCCCAAUGGCGCAUUUCAAUCCCUCGGACUGGCCGACGCCUACAUUCGCACCAUGUGUCCGUUCAUACAAAAAGACGGCUCCCUAGCAGGCGUGGUCGUGGGCGGCAACUUCACCAGCUUGGGCGGGGUGGAAGCGCAGAGUAUCGCGCUAUGGAAUCCGAACACGACGCAGAUCACCGCCUUGCCCGGUCUUAGUGGGAGCGUGAGCGCCGUGUACUGCGACGACAGUUCGGGCACGGUAUACGUGGGCGGGAUGUUCAUGGGUGGAAACUCGACGAAUGCGAUUGCGUGGACGACCGGGUGGACGAAUCUACCGUUCGCCGGGUUUAAUGGACCCGUGACUUCGAUUACGAAGAACGCGGCGGGGAAUAUCGUGUUUGGGGGGGAUUUCGAUGGGUUGGGGAAUGCGACGACGCCGCAGCAGCCGGAUGGGCAGGUGGUUAAUCUUGGUUCCGCGAGGAUUACGACGGAAGGUACGACGGCCGUUGCCGCCUAUUCGAACCCGAGCAGUAUUAUCUGCAAUACGGGGCAGAGUAGUAGUUGGCUAUUAGCGGAUGAUACGACGGGGUACUGGCAGGGCAACUUCUCGUUCGGCUUCAACCCGACGAAGCUACGGCUCUACAACACGCAACAAGAUGGUCGCGGGACCCGGCAGUUCUACUUCCAAAUCCUCAGUACCGGCGGCAUACUCAACUUGGACUACUACGACGCAAACGGACAACCUCAGUCCUGUUCUGCACCAUGUCCGCUCGCCAACAACGCCAGCGCUCAGGACUUCCACUUUGUCCCGCCUGUCGGCAUGAACGCCUUUCGCAUCGUCAUUACCGGGUGGUAUGGUGCCGGAGGUGGCUUGAGCGGUAUCGAGAUGUUCCAGGACGAUAUCUACUCGUUCGCCGUCAAUGACUUCAACGAACCGCAAUGCGACAGCGUCAGUACGGGCUCCAGUGCGACUGCCUACCCAGCAUCCGGUGUUUGGACUCGCCGGGCGAAUAACGGCAACACCAGCUCCGACUAUCUCUCCGCCUCGCUCAAUGCAACAUCGCAGAUCGGCCCAAGCACGUCGGUAGUGUUUAGCCCGGACAUCAGGCAAUCGGGCAAUUACUCCAUCAUGCUCUACACCCCCGGCUGCAUCCAGGAUGAUAGCUGUAGCUCGCGUGGACUGGUCAACAUCACGACUGCCGUAGUCUCGAAUCAGCAGCCUUCCUCCACCACGCUGUACCAGACGAACAACUACGACAAAUACGACCAAGUCUACUACGGCUAUGUGGACGUUGACACGGAUUCGUUCAAGCCUACUGUCACCCUGACACCUCUAGCAUCGCAAGGGGCUCCAUUGACAGUAGUAGCCCAGCGUGUCCGCUUCGAGCUCAUCACCACCACCGGCGGCCUGAACGGCUUAUUCGAAUACAACCCCAACAUCGCAACCGUCAGCACCGAUUUCUCCAGCUCCGCCAUCAACGCCGCCGGCGCCUCCCUAAACGCCGGCGCCCAAGUAAACAUCGUCCAACCCAUCGGCUCCGCCCUUUACAUCGCCGGCAGCUUCACCGACCCCAACGCCAACAUCUCCAAUAUCAUGUCCAUCAACCAAAACGCCACCACCGCCUUACCGAACGGUGGUCUAAACGGCGCCGUGCAGACGCUCUACCGUAAUGGCACAGUCAUGUACAUGGGCGGAAACUUCACCAACGUUGCUCAAUCUUCCAUCCCGGGUCUCGCCAACCUCGCUGCUUUCGACACUGCCAACAACAGAUGGACUCCCCUUGGCGCCGGCGUAAACGGGCCAGUCACCGCCCUUGUUGAACUGGCCCUCAACGUCACCGAGGGGAAUCUAGAAGACUGUCUCAGCGUCAACGGCAUCUUCACCUCCGUCAAUGGCUUCGCCAGCAACGCCGCUUCCGCCUCGAACGGUUUCGCGAUCUGGGUCCCGGGACGCAACAACUGGUUACACAAUAUCCCUCAAAGCGAUAUCUCGAUUCAGGGACAAUUGACGACGAUGACGCAAGUCCCCGGUUUCACGCCUUUGUACGCGGGUCAGAUUAGUAGUCAGGCUGUUGGACUCAGUGGGGCGGUGGAGUUGGUGGGGAGUGGGCAGCCGGCGCUGCAGAGUCUGGGUUUGAGGGUUGUACCUGGUGGUGGCUCGAGUGGGAGCAAUUCGUCGGCGAUGAGGAAGAGGGCAAUCAGUUCGAGUUCGAAUUACACGGGUGUGUAUCAGGGCUUGUUUCACGGGGAGAGUGGGCUGAACAUCACCAUCCUUGCCGGACGCUUUGAGGCGACGACUAGUAAUGGCUCUACGGUCAGCAACCUGGUGUUCCUCAACAACACGGCCGGCGCGUCGCAGACGGUCACGGGCGUGAGCGGGCUGGAUGCGGACUCGACUUUUGUCUCUCUGGCGACAUAUCAGAUCGAACUUUUUGCCGGCGGGCAAGUCACUGGAUCUGUACACGGGAAUUCGGUCAAUGGGCUUGUGGUGUAUGAUCUUGCCACGGGGGCUUACACACCUACGCAACCCCCUGCUCUGCAGAAUUCGGCCGGAGGUGUGAUCGUGAAUGCGAUUAUGGUUCAGCCCAAUACCGCGGCCGUGUACGUGGGUGGGCAGUUCUCCUCUGCCGGCUCUCUGCCUUGUAGCACGUUAUGCUACUAUGAUGCCAGUGCGCGGCAGUGGAAUACGCCCGGUUCCGGACUCGCGGGGACGGUGAAUGCGAUGAUCUGGUCCACUACCACCGAGCUGGUCGUGGCGGGGAAUCUGUCCGUGGCCGGGAUGUCGACGCAGCUGGUGAGGUAUGACAGCAAAGCGCAGACGUAUGCGCCGUACAGCACCACUGGUGCGGCGCUGCCGGGCCCGAUAAGCGUGCUCACGAAUGCGAAUACGCAGAACACCGCCUUCUGGGCGGCGGGCGUGGCGACGGGGAAUAAUUCCGCUUACCUUGCCAAAUACGCCGGCAACACCUGGACUGGCGUCGCGGGAUUGGGGGUGGGGACGACGAUUCGUGGAUUACAGCUUAUCGAUCUGACCGGCCCGCACGGCAAUACGGAGUUAGUUCCUGCGACCGAGGUGUUGAUGGUGAUGGGGAACAUCAAUCUCCCCUCUUUCGGCAACGUCAGCGCCGCGUUGUUCAACGGCACGACUUUCCAGCCGUUCGUACUCACUAACACCCAAUCGGGGAGUCAAGGGAGCGUCGGCUCCGUCUUCGUCAGGUACGUCCCCUUCUCCCUCCUCUUCCCCAUCAAUUUCCCCGACACAAAUACAAGCAGCACCGUACUAACAUGACUCACCACAGCAACCCCACCGCCCUAAUGUCGCAUAACAAACCGCACCUCCACCUCGGCCUCGUCGUGCUGAUCGGUCUGGCGAUAUCACUGGGUCUGAUCUUCUUUAUCGUUGUGGCCGGGUUACUGCUUGAGCGGCAGAGGAGGCGGAGGGAGGGGUAUGUGCCCAUGCGGCAGAGGGAUAAGCGGGGUGGGAAUGGAAAUGGGAAUUUGCAGCGCAUUCCGCCGGAGUCGUUGGUUGAGGGGGCGACGGGGGUGAGGGUGGUACGCUUAUCUACGGCCGUGAGGAUUAUGAUGGGAGUUGGCGCUGGUUU